AUGCCGCUCUCCUCAAAACUCGACCAAAAGCUGCGCGCUGCCGAGGAAAGCUCCGACGAUGAAGAAUACUACGAAGUCACCGAUCGAUCCUCGUCGCCGUCCAUCAUCGAGACUGGUGAAGGCGGCGAGUUGCUAGAUUCGGAGGACGGCGAUGAAGAGGAGGGAUCCGAAGAUGAAGAUAUGUCAGACGACGCUGAAGAAGAGGCAAAGGCACAGAUGAGCAAAGUCUCGUUCGGCGCACUAGCAAAAGCCCAGGAUGCCCUCUCCGCAGACCGGAAGCGAAAGCGCGGCGACGAGUCCUCCAAAUCCCAGGAAGACAAGCUCCAGGCUUUGCGGCAGCGAUUGCAGGAGAUCAAGGCCGCGAAGCUUGCCCAAGGCGGCGGCUUGCAGCCGAAACCGAAGGCUAAGAAGGCGCGACCGACCAAGGACGAGGAAGAUAAAGAAGAAGACGAUGAUAGUGCCUCCGAUUCUGACGCUGCGCCGGCUGCACGAUCCAGCAAGCACGCGCCCGCCGUGCAGACAAGCAAAAAGGCUGUCUCGAGAAAGCGCCAGGUCGUCGACGCGAAGAAGCCCAAGUUCCGCGAUCCCCGCUUCGAUAUCGGAGCGCCGCCAGACGAGAACACAGUCCAGCACCGAUAUGCCUUCCUCAACGACUACAAGAAGUCGGAGAUGAACGACUUGCGGGACGCCAUCAAGAAGACCAAGAACGAGGCAGACAAGGAGAAGCUCAAGAAGAAGCUCAUGUCGAUGGAGUCGCAGAUGAAGGCCCAGCGCAACAAGGACCAGCAGCAGGAUGUGAUCCGUGAGCACAAGAAGAAGGAGAGGGAGCUGGUCAAGCAGGGCAAGCAGCCCUUCUACCUGAAGAAGUCCGAACAAAAGAAGAUCGCCUUGGUCGAGCGCUUCCAGAAAAUGAAGUCCAAGGACCGCGAUCGGGCCAUCGAGCGCCGUCGCAAGAAGGCGACGGCAAAGGAGCGGAAGAACAUGCCCGACGAGAGGCGUGCAGUCUGA